GCGCGGGAAAAGGAAAAGGCAGAGCGGGAGCUGGCAAGGCUCCGUCUGCAGGAGGAAGUUGCCGAGAAGCAAAAACGGCGGCUGACUCAGUUGCGAGAGAGGGAAGCACAGCGUGCGGCUCGGCGUGCGGCGGACUUAGCGGCACGACGCGAACAACUCAAGGCGGAAGAGGAAGCCACUCGGGCAGUCGCUCUGCAAAAACUUGACAACGAGCGACGCAGGGCGUCGUUAGAACAAGAACGGGCAGAGUACGAGGCAGAGAAGGAGCGUCUGGCGAAGGAACGGGAGGAGUACGAGCAGCGCGCAAAGGAGCGUGAGGUAAAUAUUCGCAAGAAGGAGAUUGAAAUAGAGCAACAGAUACUUGCCGCGGAGCGCGAUAGGAGGGAGCUGGAGUUAAGCCGGCUUGUGUCACACCAAAACCGACUGUUGUACCAUGAACGUGUGGGUAGACCGCCACCACCCGAGUUGACGCACGAGGGAAUGAGAAGAGGUGAGUGGUCUGGUAAUGAUCCAUUUUCUUUGCCUGUUGCGACGCCGGAGGAUAAGAAUGUUGCAUGGGGGAAACCCCAGGAAAUAAACAACAACAAUCCCCCAAACCAGCAAUGGCAACUGAAUCAGAAACAAUCAUACAGGCAGAGUGAUGCCCGGCAUCCGUCUGGCCCAAUAAAAAGUGAAGAAAAUGCCACUGCAAACGCCCAGUUUGAAGACUCAUACCAGAACAGGCCACGACCGCCAAGGGCUGCCGAAAAUGUGGUGAAAAUGAUGUUGCCUGGCAGGGAUAAUUUUGCGUUGGCUCAUGGCGGUAAUGACGUGUAUAAUGCGCGAGAAAAUGCCAUUGACAACCUGGUUUGCAUGGGGAGGGACCUUGGCCUGGAGAACACGCUAGAGUUUGAUAAUAACAAUACUUGUGUCAUAAGUGUUGACGGGCAGUACAAUUUAAUAGUAACCUUUGAUGCAACAACAGAGCGGCUCUAUAUUUAUUCUACCCUCAUGACAAACAUUCCACACGACCCGGUUUUACGACUGCGUGUCUACGAGUUUUUGAUGGAGGGAGCAUUACUGGGGCGUGAAAUGUGUGGCGGUGGCGUUGGGGCAUCCAUUAAGAAUGACUUUAUUCUUCUUUCUUCCAGCAUAUACUUGCCAACGAGUCUCCCCACAACCUUGAGCACUCUCGCACCCCAGUUUCUGUUUUCCCUCAAUAAAUGGCGAGAAAAACUGGGAGAGUUACUGAGCACUGUAGAUAUGCAAAAAAUGACGAGUCCGAGUAAAAAUGGACACAGUACUAUAGAGGACACAAACGAAUUGGACUCGAGGCACACGCCAGAGGAAAAAGCAUCCCGCCGCAUCGCUUCAUCGACACGCAGCAGUAGAACCCACAGUACAGAGAGUGGGGCUGGUCGGCCAGUGAUUGGCAUAGAAGCUACGGAUAGUGUCAUGAUUAAUGGUGUUCCCUCCCGACAUAACGGUGGUGUGUUGGUUGUGAAUGUAGGAGGGCCUGCCGCGCUGGCUGGAAUAAAACCACAUGACUUUAUUAAAAAAAUAAAUUACAAGCGCGUGACAAGUCUUCGGCAGUUCCAGCGCGAGGUGUCUCGUUUAAUUGUGGGCAAAAUGGUGCCCGUUGUUGUGGAGAGGAGCGAGGUGUUGCACACCAUCUUUAUCAGAGUGGGCUCAGCCUAA